CCUUGUUGUGGGUGGCUGUCUGGGAGAGGACUGGUGUCAUCACUCAGCGACGUAAUCAUGGCAACAUGGAGUCUCUCCUUGAUCUAGCAAAUUUUUCAAACUACUACGUUCGUCAUUGUUUCCUACAGUACCCCAUUGCAUUCCCUCUGAUAACAUGUCUUCUGCUUGGGCUCCUCGUGCUGGUGGUGUUCCGACUCUGUGUCUCAUCCCCCAAGGCUAUAACAGAUGAAAUUAAACGAGAGCUGAAGAACAAGGUUGAUGAUGUCAAGGACUUUGUCGGGGUCGGAACUCGGCCACGGUUCCGAAAACGUGACAAAAUUUACUUCUAUGGCUGCAAGAUGCUCCGUAAGGUUAAAGCCAACAUUCCAACUCGUCCCGUGGCUUCUCGGCUGUUGGCUAAGCGUCUCGCGCGUAAGUUGUUGGGACGCAACGACCGCGACUCCCCCCAGCUGGAGGUGAUUGAACCACCGGCGGAGUACCUGCAGGAAGAUCUGAUCCACUUUGACCCCGGCGUCCCCGCGGAGUUCAUCUUCAUGCUCAGGAACAUCAGAGUUUUUGGCCACUUUGAGAUGCCUUUGUUCCUAGAGCUGUGUAAGAGCGUCCAGACCAUUCACCUCUACAAAGGGCAGACACUGUUUUGCAUUGGCCAGAACGAUGAGAAUAUCUUCAUAAUUCAGUCUGGGCGGCUUAAAGUGUUUGUGACGGAGCCCGACGGCACUACUCUGGCCCUCAAGGAAGUACUGCCGGGGGAGUCCAUCAUCUCUCUCUUGUCCUUCUGUGACAACCUGACCGGCCACCCUCAGCCAUACAAGACGGUGGAGGCCAGAGCCGAGGAGGAUUCCAUCGUCAUGAAGUUUCCCGUCAAAGCGUUCGAGGAGACCUUUAGGAAGUACCCGGACAUGUUUGUUCGGGUGGUGCAGAUUAUUAUGGUGCGGUUGAUGCGAGUUACCUUCAUGGCGUUGCACCAGUAUCUGGGACUAUCUUCUGAACUCAUAAACAAGGUACCGAGGAGAGGGAGUGGCAGCAACAUGGCCCCUACACUCUCCUCCCCUGGCAAGGUGAAACGAGAUAGCGGGUCCACUCCUGAUGGUGAGGGUGAGGAGGAGAUGGAACAGAGAGGCCCGGAGACGCCCGUCAGGCAGAACAGUGUGAAAAAGAUCGUCUUAGUGGAUCCAAAGGAGGAAAAGGAUGAGAACUCUCUUAGAAUUGCAACAGAAAAGUUCCAGGCCUUACUGCACUUGGAGUCUGAUGAAAUCUUACAAGGUGCUGUGGCAGUUAGAGAUGUCCCGUCGGGCUCCUUUUUGAUGAAGCAGGACUCUAUGAAGGAGGCAGCAUUAGUUUACAUCCUCUCUGGUACACUGACGGUGUCACAGUACUCAUCUGAGAGUGCCGGAGAUAUUCAGCUCUUCACUGCUCACCCUGGAGACCUUGUUGGAGGCCUGGCAGUGUUGUCUGGAGAUCCCUCAUUUUUCAGUGUCAGGGCAAAACAUACUGCACGUGUGGCGACCAUCACCAAGGAAACUUUUUACGCAAUCAUCAAGGAAACACCAGAAGUUGUGUUACACGUAGCCAACACCGUCAUCCGCCGCAUGUCCCCCUUUGUCAGGCAGAUUGACUUUGCCCUUGACUGGGAGCACCUGGAGGCUGGACGAGCACUCUACAAACAAGGACAGCCAACAGAUUCAACCUUCAUAGUCCUCAGCGGCAGACUACGUUCUGUGAUCACACACACGGACGGCAGGAAAGAAGUGGUGGCAGAGUAUGGCAAGGGCGAUCUUGUUGGUAUUGUGGAGCUGUUAACACAGACGGACCGUAGCACGACGGUGAUGGCUGUACGAGACUCUGAAUUGGCCAAGCUUCCAGAGGGCCUCUUUAACAUCAUCAAGCUCAAGUACCCAGUUGUGAUGACCAGACUGAUCAAGCUACUUGGACAACGGCUGCUGGGUUCUUGGAAAUCAACAACCUCUCGUGUGCCGUUGGGUCUGAACAUUGAACAGCGGCCGUCACAGAGUAAUUACUCCACGGUAGCCAUCGUUCCCGUGUCUGAGGACGUUCCCAUCUCCCAGUUCACCCUUGAGUUAUAUCACUCUCUCCUCUCUAUUGGUCCAGCUCUGAGACUCACCUCUGAGUAUGUGGUGCGCUCCUUGGGCACCAGUAUAUGGGAGUCUGCUAAUGAGUAUCAGCUCAUAUCUUGGCUGGGGCACAUUGAGGACCAGCACCGGGUCACUCUCUACCAGUGUGACUCCUCCCUCACUGUGUGGGCGCAGCGGUGUAUACGCCAGGCUGAUGUCAUACUAACUGUCGGGUUAGCAGAUGCCGAACCUCAGAUGGGAAAGAUUGAAAAACACGUUGAGAAGAUGGCAGUGAGGACUCAAAAGGUACUCAUUCUCCUUCACCGAGAGGACGGCCCGCCACCCUCCGGCACGGUACGAUGGCUCAACAUGCGAUCCUGGUGCCAGUCCCAUCACCACAUCCGGGCACACAAGAGGAUGUUCCAGAAGAGAACCCCUGCCAAGAUUAUUGAAUAUUACACAGAGAAGGUGUUCACUGUUCAGCCCAACGUUCACAGUGACUUCUCUCGUCUGGCCCGGGUGUUGACGGGCACCACCGUGGGUCUUGUGCUGGGUGGUGGUGGGGCAAGAGGAGCAGCUCACAUUGGCAUGAUAAAGGCCAUCAAGGAGGUGGGCAUCCCCAUAGACAUGGUGGCAGGAGUAAGUAUAGGAGCAUUUAUUGGUGCUCUCUACUGCCUGGAGAAGGAUACUACCAGAGUCACCCAGAAGGCUCGUGAGUGGAGUAUGAAAAUGACAAGCAUAUGGCGGAUGGCCCUGGAUCUGACGUAUCCAGAAGUGUCCAUGUUCUCGGGUGCUGGCUUCAACAAGCUGAUCCACGACGCGCUCGGAGACACAAACAUAGAGGACCUCUGGCUUCCUUACUUCACCCUCACCACGGACAUCACCGACUCAGCCGCCCGUAUUCACACUCACGGGGUCGCUUGGCGAUAUGUGCGAGCCUCCAUGUCCAUAGCUAUGCUGGUCCCUCCCAUGCCAGACCCCGUUGACGGACAUUUACUGGUUGAUGGUUGCUACAUCAACAACGUCCCAGGUGACGUGAUGCACAAUAAGUGGAGCGUUGGCAACAUUCUGGCAAUUGACGUUGGUUGUCAGUAUGACACUCACUUCACCAACUAUGGAGAUUGUCUCUCUGGUUGGAGUGUUCUCUUCCGCAGGGUCUUCCCCUUCAAGUACUUCUUCAGGAAAGAACUUAAGGUGCCAAAUUUGUAUGACAUCCAGUCACGGUUGUCUUAUGUGUCAUGCACUCGACAACUAGAGGAGCUCAAAGUUAGUGAUUACUGUGAAUAUAUUCGUCCACCUAUUGACAAGUACCAGACCCUUCAGUUUGGCUCUUUUGAUGAGAUUAAGGAGGUGGGCUAUCAGCACGGUAAGUCGUACUUCAGCGGAAUGCUCAAAGGCGGCCGUACGGUAGACAGCAUAUACCAGCUCAGCACUUCGACCGCCGACAACCACUGGCGGGGCGAGAACAUUAGCCUCGACGGAUGUCCCGCUAACUUCACCGACCUGGCACAGAUUGUUUGCUCCGUCAGGAAACCAACUGCUAACAAAGUCUUGGAAGACUCGUCGACUGAAUAUGAUGAGGAUGACGUACAAGGAGGCUAUGCGUCUGAACCCAACACAAACACAGAGUUCUUCAACAAGGUGUCAGAAGAACUGAGUGAGGUGCGUCGCCGCCGGACAGGUUCACUCUCUGACAAUGACAUAAUAGAAUUGGACCAUGCUAUGGCUUACGACGACAGGGAGGAUAAUGAGUAUGAUGAAGCAGACAACGAGGAUGAUGAAGAAUGAUGAAGGAAACAAGGAAGAUGAAGAGUGAUGAAGCAGAAUGAGAAAGAUAAUGAAUGACAGGGAAAGACAAUAAUACUAAUAAUGAAUGAGACCAAACUAAUAAAAGCUCAAACUUAGCCAACACUUAUAUAGCAGUUGUUAAUAAGUACAGUAUUGUGAGGUAAACACUUAUAUCUAGAUGAUGUUAAUAAUAAUGAGAGAUUUAACAUGAAGGGUCAAUACAGGGUGGGGGCUCAGGGUUCUGGUAUUAAUUAAUCUUACUAAUGACUCGGCAAGGUAUAGUAUAUUUUGUGGUCUUGGUUAUAGUUCAGGUAAUUUAUAUUUUUUUAGUAUGUGAACUUCAUUGUGACAUCGUUAUAUCUACCUACUACACAUAUUGUUUGGACACCCCCCCCUCCUCCCCCCCCUCUUCUAUGUUUGGAUCCCCACUCUUGAAAAUCCUGGAUCUGCCCCUGAAUACUUAUAUAUACAAAUGAUGUUAAUAAAUAAUGUGAGAUUGGUGUAUUUAAAGACCCAGGAAGCUUUUAGUCAACAUAUAACCUUGUUAUACUAUCAGCUGGUGUAGUCUUAUCACUUGGGUGUGGAGUCAGGGGUAGAAAGAUGCCCUUCUUUUCAGGUGAAGAACAGAUGGUUGAGAAUGACAAUUGUUUGGAGCUGUCAUGGCAUAUUUUCCCCCCCAUGGUAAAGACAACUUUAUUGGUAAUAUUGUUAUGUUUGUGCUCCUGUACAUCAGUGUCAAAAAGAAAAGGACUUCUUAAGGUCAGAUUUUGUAUAUUGUACUGACAUCCUACCAAAAAAAAGAAAAAAGAAUGUGACAGCCAUUUUUCAAUUUGGUAGUAGAAUGUUACGAGGUGGCAACCCAACUUGUUACUGUAUAAAUAGUCAUGUAGAAUCUUAUAGUUGAAUAUAAAUAUAUGGAUGGUUAUUUUACAUGAGAGAUAUACAUUUGUGGAUCACAGAUAUAUAUACUGUAUAUAUAUAUAUAUACUGUAUAUAUAUACCUGUAUAUUCUUUGGAUUUAUAUAUGGUAUGUACAUGUAAAUACAGUCCCUGGUAUAAGAUAUUUUUUCUUUGUCAUAUUGGAAUCCGUACAUACUGCAGUGUUUAUAUUGUGAUGGGAGAGAUCGAGGGAAAUCAAAAUUUGUGGUCGUCAGGUGCCAAAAUAGAUAGAGACUCGUUACACCUCGUCCACCGCCAGUGAUGUAGUCAAGUCAGAGACCACCGACGACACCAUGGUUCAUGGAUCACAUGAAGAUUAGGCCCCCCUCCACCACCACCCUUAUCCCCACUCACUCACCCAUCCAAAUAAUCUCAGGCUGGUGAAUACUUUGUGGGGUGGAGGCCUAAUCUUCAGGUCAUCCACAGAGGCUCGGGCAUCAAAUGGUCUUGGUCCCUGUCUCGACUACGCCACCAUCCACCACACUUAGGUAGGAACAGCAUAUGGUUUCAGUAGCCAGAUGAAGAGGUGCCAAAACAGUAGGAAGUUAUACAGUAGUUGGUGGUUGCAUUGUGUAUAUAUAUGUCUCUUUGUUAUAUAUUUGAGUGCCAUUGUUGAGUAUUUUUUAAGCAGUUGAUUCUUUUCCUGUUUUCCGGUGUCUGCCAACAAGAGAUAAAAGUGUCCAUAACUAUGAGUUCCUGUAUUGAUAAAAAGAAAAAAAGAAUUGAAUAACUUUGGCACAAAUUUUAUGAUUGUACACAGUCACUUGUAUCCCAAUUAUUAAUUUAUUUUGGAUAAGUAACCCAUUUCUAUGUAUUUUAGAUGAUGUAGUUUUUUAUGUAUAAUUUUUACAACAUGAAGUUUUGAUUUUAGGAACUUUAAUUUUACAGAUAAGGUUUCCUUUUGACUUACAUUGUUGUGGUAAGGAUGACUUUAACCCUUGAGCUUUCUGAUGUAUUUUAAUAGAAGAAAAAGGUAAAUGUCUUUCUUGCUCUUUCCUAGUGGUAGCCCCGAGUGAAGAAAUAUUAGCCUCUUCCAGAAACAUUGAUGAAGUUGGUGGCCAAACUUAGCAGUAAAAUGCCCCACCAACCUUAUCUAGCCACAGGAUUGAACCAUAUCUCAUGAACUGGGUGCUUAGAAAUGCUACCAACUGAACCAUAAUUAUGAGCGGUAUAACUAGAUCCAAAUUACCAACAUACAUGUGCGAGUACAGUACAUAAUCGGGCAUCACAUGUGGACAAUUCUCCUAAGAACCCGGUGUUGAGAAGACUGACCACAUCACACAGGGGAUAGUUAUAACUUCAUUGUUAUUGCAGAUUUUCCUGGUUAUCUCAUAUCAACAGUUCCUCACACCUCAACCAUUCCCUCACCAGGUAAAGACAGAGUGAUUAAGCCUUAUAAGGAUGGACACUAAUGACAUGAUGUACACUCAAUGGUUGAAGUCAUGACUGUAUAUAUACCACAGUGGUACGCUUCAUUAACAGAGGUUCCAUUUAUUUUUUUGGUCUUGGUGUUUUAUUUUGGAAUGAAACUGGAGGUAUAUUGUAAGAUUUGUGAAUUGAGACUCUGUGAUCUGGUUUAGUCUCUCAAAAUUUCUUGUAACUUAUAAGACAUACUGGAGUUAAUUUUAAUACAGUAUGUCACUUAUGGGAUGAUAUUGUUAAUGAUGCACAAUAUAAUAUGCCACAUUCCCUAUUAAGUAAUCCUCCAUUUAAGUGAGAUUUAUAUGUACUGUAAAUAUCUAUUUUAGAGAUACUGAGACUUUGAUACCUUGUAUAUAAACAGUGAAAAUUACAGCUCUGCUAUGAUACAGACCCACCAAUGUUAGUAUUAGUUAUUGUAUCCACAGUCAUCAUGGUCUUACUGAUGACUCAUCCUUGUUUGUUGUAAGUGAUAAUUUUUGCACAUGUUUGAGCAGUGUGCUAGAAGGCCUGGUACAGUACUGUAUAUUAGGCACAGUUGCUCAUGACAAAUGGAGAAAAAAGACAGUUUUGCAUUUAAAUUUUGUAUCAGUUAAUUGAAUUUUUUAAUGAACAAUAGUCUGUCAUAGAACCAAGGUGCAUUGAAUGUUGCUUCAUAACCUAAGUAGUUUAGGCAACUUAAAAAAAAAACAAUAUGACUGUUAGGAUUUUGUACAGCGGGAAAGAAGUGAAGGUACCCAUACACCCCUCCCUCUCACUAAAUGAAUUCUGUCUAAACCAGUUCAUAAGUAAAUUACUAGUUUUUACCACCAUAAAUAUAUGAGGUGGUUCAUCAUCAUCAUCAUCAUAUUAUACUGUAGUUAGGAACCUAACGAGAGACAGUGCAGCACGGAGAUCUGCUGUCAGGUAACCGUGGCUAACCCACGCAAGUGUAGAAAAUAACUGUAAAACAACAAUAAUGUGAAGGAUUUACUUGAGGAUUAACUCCUGGAGAACCUUGACCACCUCUGACAACACAUCCUCCAUAUAGACUGAGGGAAGGGGUACAGUACCUAACUUUAAAGAGAUGAGCAACAGUGGAAUAUCAUGAGACAGGCACAAGAAGUAUACUGUAUACUUGUUUCUUUUUUGUGAUGAUUAGACUGAAAAUUUCUAUUGUGGUGACAAGUUGUUUGUUCAUAGAUUUCUUGUGUGUAUAUUAUUAUUAUAAUCAAAAAACUACUUUAAUCCUCAUGUUUUUGUUAGGAUCCAAAUUCAAACAAAAAUAUGAUUGUAUUUUUUAUGUAUACUAUUGUUUAUAGUUUAUUAAUUAUAUUAGUCAAGUUUGAUAUAUUACUAAGAUCCCAUUUUAACCUUGUGAUGUUAAUGAGGGUAUUAUGAGGUUUAUUCCUGACACAAAAUUCAAUUAGGACUUAAGCCGCUGAAGAAAAAAAAAUCAGAGAAACCCCCUAAAAAAAAUUAAAAUAAAAUACACCAUGCAUAAAUAAACCAAAAAACGCUUCAAAUGUAAACCAACCAAAAAAACACUUCAGACAUAAACCAGCUGUAAAAUUUGUCCAGCAGAGGGGAAGAUGUCAGCCAUGAAUAGUUGAGUACAGUAAUUUUAAUGGUACAGUAAACUAGGAGUGAAUGUUGAGCAUUCCCUUCAUAGUGUAUAUUUCAUAAUGAUAUUUUUUCAAAGGUUCUGGAGUCACGUUCAUUAUAAUAUAUUGUUAGAGUUACUACAGCGGACCUUCCAUACAACUGACUCCUCUCUCUCUCUCCGUAUACGAUAAUCCGUUAGUUGGGGAGUUUCAUAUCUAACGGACCCUCAAUAUAAUGGACUUUCAUCUCUAUAAAAGUACAUACAUAGUUCCUUAUAUGGGGGUUUCAUAUCUAAUGGACCCUCGAUAUAACGGACUUUCAUCUCCACAUAGUCCAUUAAAUAAAGGUGUCGCUGUAUUGCAACUAAUUUAUAGAGAUGUUACCUUUAUUAUUGAUUACAGUUUAAACAUUAUUAUUAUUAUUACAGAAUUAUUAUUAUUGUUAUUAUAGGUAUCAUAAAUUGUCGUCAUUGUAGCUACAGAAAUACGUCAAAUCUUAGCUUAAUUUUCUCAUAAUUAGAAGUUGGUGAUGUCAGAGGAUUUUAUCAUUUUUUUUAACAUAAAUAUACUUUGAGAAAAAUAUUCGUUGUGAUGAGGCAACAGUCAAAGGUGAACCAAACUAAUUAAGAUUAUCUGAACACAUUCCACCCCAGCUUAUUUUAACUAAAGAUUAGCUAACCUAAUGCUUACCUUACCUCACCUUACCUCAUCCCCCCAAACAGUGUUAGUGUGGUCAAUCUUGAGGUAAAACAAGCUAGGGUGGAAAUUCUUCAGGUGAUCCACAAACCGUUCUUAACCCUAAUAUAGUGUUUAAUCAGGUUUAGGAAUAAAGAUGAUUAAAGUCGCUCUCUUAGUCAACUUUAUUUUUGUCUAUUUUAGAGUUUAUAUUGUGUCAUAACAGGGAUUUCUUUAUGGUAUUGAAGUAUGUGAGGUGAUAUACACUCCCAAAAAAAUAUAUCCUGCAUCCUUGGCUCUGAGACCAUCCACAAUGAUCACUGUGACAGAAGCCGGGACCAGUGUUAUCAGAUUGUAUGACCCCAUGAAGGUGGAGAAUAAUCUUUUACUGAGUGAACAUCGUUAUAGUGUGGGAGAUAAUGUAUUGUCCUUACAUCAAAAGAUAAAAUAAUGAGAACUUAAUGACUGCAGUAUUUCAAGUUGUCAUUGUUGGUGUGAUAAUUAAAUAUAACAUAAUACAGUAAAUAUACAAUCAUGUUUUUGUAUUUUGAUAUUAUAGCUAACUUUAUAUUGUUAGAAAUUUAUGUAAUAGGAGAGAAAAGCAAGUAAUGGGCGACUGUAUUUGUCAAGAUUUUCAUACUAGAUUUUGAGGUUGUGAGUUUUUUUGUUUUUUUUGUUUUUGUUUCUAGAUGUCUCAGGUCUGUGUUUUACCUCUUAACAAACAAUGCAAUUAAAUUAUAAGUGUAUUUUUCUUUGUUGAUAACCAUAGUCUACACAAACUUCAAUAAUUUUUUCUCUCUCUCUUGCUGAGUAGAUACAACAGUUAACCUUUCACAGUAUUGACAGUCGGACAAAUCUCGCCCUCUUGCUGGUCAAUGGCCCUUCCCAAACUCAUCUGCCAUCUGGCUCGUGAUGCCGACUGUAUCGUCCAAAAUUAGAUUUAGUCUUUUUGGUUGAAUAAAGCUGCGAGAUCAACGGCAAUGAGUUAUUUAUGAUCAGUUGUCGGGUGUGUGAGGAGUUGUGGCUGUGCCCAAGACAGCCAGAGGGAGGGAGGUCUGGGUACUGUCAGGAUCAUAGCGAUGCAAUCUAUAUAUCAUGAGCCAGUGUGAGGGUUAAUAUUGAAACACCUCCACAGUAGCACUCUGUCCAUGCGGGAAGAGGAAUGUAUAUUUACAAUACAUUUCUCUUACAAACUUGAUUUGUUUGAAACAUCAGGUAAAACAUUAUACUGUACCUGUACUGAUAAAUUGUUAUCUACCUACAAACUUAGUUUUCUAAUAUUUUCUGCACUUACAAAUAAACUGUUUUACUAUGGCUCUGUCUCUUGAUUUGUGUGUUGUAACUUAAGCAAAUUCUUUACUGAUUUUUAGAGACUGUUACUCACGGGAAAGCUCAGUUGAAUGUUAACUUUUACUGUUUUAUUUUCAUUAGUUCCAGGUUUAUAUUCCAUAAAUUAAAAAAAAGAUACUUCUUAACCUAGUGUGGGUUUGUCAUGCUCCUGAAGACAGAGUAAAUAUAUUGUUAACUGUAUAGUGUGGUAUUUGAGACAGUCUCAGAUCCCACAACACGCUUUAAAGAUCACUAUUUUCUGUCGUAUUGGUCCCCAGAAUUGUGUGUAUUUUCUCACUUCUCAAAUCAACACGUCUAAUUGUGUAAUUUCUAGUACAACUCACAUUCUUGGUAUACAAAAUUAUUUCUGUACAAGCGAGUGUUUACUGCUCAUCUUACGUAAUAGCUCAACUGAUUAGCAGAAUUUGUCUGUAGUUGCGUAUUGUUGUUGGGUCUCGUAGUUUCGGUUGAGAGUUAAUGAGGAGUGAGAUGUUGAGGAGGUACUGAUCUCCCUCAUUGUGUCUUUGUAGGUGGAACAUUGUGACGCAUUACAAAGGGAGAGUUUUUCCUGGGGAACAUUUACCGUAUGAUGGCAAAUAUGUAUUGCAUCUCACUUGUAAUAGGGACAAGGUUAUGUGUGGAUGUAGUGGUUGGAGGCCCCCAGCUAUGUGGAUGUAGUGGUUGGAGGCCCCAGCUAUGUGGAUGUAGUGGUUGGAGGCCCCAGCUAUGUGGAUGUAGUGGUUGGAGGCCCCAGCUAUGUGGAUGUAGUGGUUGGAGUCCCCAGCUAUGUGGAUGUAGUGGUUGGAGUCCCCAGCUAUGUGGAUAGAAUGGGGCAUACAGUUCUCUGUUGAAGUAAUCAGACCCAAAGCCAUUGGUACGUGUAUGCAAUAGAGGUUAUUUUAUUAAUUUGUGUGUUGAUAGAAGUCACCUUUUCUUAUCAGUGCACAUUUAUCUUGAGGCUAUAGUGAGAGUAGACUAUUUUUUGAGGUCUAUUUUGGAAUUAGUGGCGGUAAAGCUUUGAAGAGACCAAGUAUGUGUUAUGUGUGUUUGCUUGUAGCCAUAACAGCUGUGUGUCAAUAUUCAACACUGUCGCCCCUUAGUAAGAGGUUAGUUGUUGGUAAUAUGCAGAUUUUUACAUCUUUUUCUGACUAUUUGGGCAGUAUUGUACAGUAGGACUCAGGGUUACUGCUGUAGUUUAUGAAGCUGCUCUCCUUUUUCAUUUGUUAACUCUAAUGUGAUCCAAAGUAAUUUAAUGCGAUAUUCACAUGUUCAAUAAACCAAUGUUCCCUAAAUACUCUGGUCACUACUUAUGAAAGAAUCCAUUAACAUGAUUUACAAAUGAAAAUCUUUUCGACUAUUAAGAGCCAGUGCAGGAAAACACUCCUAUAUAGUGUUUCUUGGAGGUGUUUGUUUGUCAGCACGAGCCACAGGGAGAGACUAGGUUGAAGGCAUCUUGUACACCUCCAACCCAAGUUCUUCCCCGUGGCCUUGAACACUAUUAGUUCAAUUGUGCGGUGGUACCUGGAGAACAACUGAGUGCUGUUGCUCAAACUUGCCCACAUAUUGUGUGUUUGUGCUAUAACUUAAAUAAAAAGAAGUGAUUAUAUAUAUAUCCUAUUAGCAAUAUCAGUUUGUGUGAUAGGAUGAUAGUUUGUGACUUAGGAUGAUGGUGAUAGUUUUACAGUGUAUAAUUAUAUAUAAUGUAGGAACAAUCCUUCUAAUAAAGUGCCUGAAUUCUUA